CAAAAACUUUCAAGAGCUGGUCACACUAUCAGCUGUUUUCUUAAGAAUAAAAACCAAUGGAAUCUCAAUUUGAUAACACAGACGAAAACUAUUGGAACCGCUCCUCGAGAGCUGCCUUUAGCUUUGACGACGAAGAUGACGUUGAUCUUGGCGAUGCCGGCGUCAGAGGAAGCUCAGGCCAUGCCAGCCAGAGCAGUAAAUGGGACAACAAUUCAAUAUUUAAUGACGACACCAUUUCAGAGGACAGUUUUGAUAAUAGUGCAGCGCUGGGAACACUGAAUCAUCUCUCCAUUAAAGCCAUAUUGAGCGAUGAGGCGCUUAAUCUGGUGUUACAAGAACAAACAUUGGACGAUCAUGUCAUGCCCAAGGGCGUAACGCCCGAGGAAGAGCUAAAGCUGUUGCGACGCCAAAUACAAAGUACUCUUUACAGCCCCAAUCUGGAGGUUACCGCACAGAAGCUACUGCAUGGCAAAGUGGCACCAUUGGAAAUGUUCAAAUCGCUGCUGGAGAAGCAACAACUGUUGGAUAGGGUGCUGGCCAACGGUGGCGAUGCGAUAAUUGGUGUGCUGCUGUUCCUCAAACGCACGCUGAACACAACCCAAUUCCAUAACAUACUGCAGCAGCGGCCCAAGGCGCUGGAACACUAUCUCAGUUACCUGCGGCAAAGCGGUGAUGUGAGCCACUAUAUUGAUAUAUUGCAGCGCUUUGGACGCCACCAGGAAGCAGCUCUCAGGCAGUUUCAAGCAGCCAUGACCUGCAGUGAAUUGACAACGCGAAAACAGCAGCUGCAGCGUCUGGUUGAUGCGUAUGCCAGCGCUGGUGUGGGCGUCAUUUCACUAUAUGAGCAGGUCUUUCAUGCGGCCUUAAAGCUGCAGCUGGUCAAGGAAAGGGAACCUGUGACUGGUCUGGCCCAACAAAUAGGUGAUGAGCCCACGCCCAUUGAGUUUUUGUAUGUAUGCUGCGCGCAGAACAAGAACUGGAAGGAACAGGACAUGCUUAAGCUUAGCUCACCCCAACGCUUUGCUGCCGAUCAGGAAAUCUCACCAGCACAGUAUGAAUGGACUGCGCUAAAUGAACGCGCCCAUGCACAAGCCUAUGUGGAUUUGGAAUGCAUCUUUGAGCGCGUUUCCGGUUGGAAUCCGCUCAAAACGAAGCAGUUUCACAUUAGCUUUGAUUUGUCACUAGCCGUGCAGCGGCUCUUUGAGUUGCAGGCGCCUGCAACAGUAUUACAGCUAUUUCUCUCCAAGAUGAGCAACAGUCCCGAAAAAUUGGCCUUGGCGCAACGAGUCAAAUGCAUCAAAGCCGUCAUUGAUGCUAUGGUGAGUCUGAAACAACAGCAGGAAUUGCAGCAAUUGAAGGAAACGCUACCUGAACGAUCCGAGGAGCAGUUUUACUGCGAGAAUGCGCUCAAAUUGCUGCAAAGCAAACGUUGGACUACGGACAAUAUUAAGCUGAAGCUUUAGAAAGCCUAAGAACGUUUAUAUAAAUGUAUUUUUUAUUACCUUUUUAUGUAUGUAUGUAAUUAUUAAAAUUUUUAAAUAUAUAUUUAUAUAUAUAUAUUAAGUAAUCGCAAAUCACAAGCUGAAUAUCAAUCAAAAGUGUUUGUGUACCACGGAACGGUUAAGGAUAACCAUUUCGGUGUGUUGUGUCCUUUAAACAUUUUUUUUUACGUUUAUUUUUUAUUUUAUUGAGUAAACAAAAAGCGUGUAUAGCCAAUAGCAAACAAAGCACUACAAAAAUUAUAUUCUUUAAACAAUUUGUUUGCCUUAAAUAUUUUUCUUAAAUAACAUCGCUAUGAAAGCUAUUUAUAUAAAUAUGCGCAGAAAACCGCAAACAACAGUUAUGUAAUUAAGUAUAAACAUAAGUGGGCGGGUAAUAGACAAUAUGUAAUUUUUUUCCUUAUACUAUCAUCUGAAUUUUGUCGAAUGGCUGCAUCACAAGAAAAUCCCCGAAGCUCCCUAGGUCUACCAAUUUUCAAAAACAAAACGGUUGAUGGCAAGGAUGUAAACGUCUUUCCCCAGCAGCCCAAAAACUCUGAAUAUAUUGCCGAGAUUUUCGCAGAUCGAAACAACAUUCCUACAGUGCUCAGUGGGAAUUUGCCUCCCACAUGGCCAAUUCCAAAUCUAACGAGAAAACCACUGACUAACUGAGAAAUUAACUAAAGAUUGGAGCUCAUACAGUGUCGGAACAAUUUGAAGCAUGUGGACUUUUGUUCUCAAUUCCAAGUGUGGAGCGAGUCAUAGGUUUGCAAAGUGUAUAGAUGAGAGAUGAGAUCUUGCGAACAUACAACCAUCCUGAGAAAUUUCAUAGUCCAUAACAGCAUUCUGGGUUCUCCUAGAUCGACAAACACAAUACUGGCUUCACAGACUUCUACUGCUGACCAUAGAGGCUGCCCUAUUUAUGCUACGUGGAUGAUGAAUUAGUGAGCUUGUAAGCUGCAGUUCUCAGCAGAAUACAGAAAAUUGAAAGCAUUGCAAUCAAGCCUAGGUUGGUAAUACGGAUGGAAUAGUUGACGAUGCAGAACAAGCUAUCCAUUGAAGACGGGGAUGCACCACCAAGAAUGGGAGAUUCAGUUCCGACAUAUAGAAGAUCAGUAAAAUGAUCGAGGCGAUGACGGCUCCAAUAUUGGUGAGUUUGGGAGCAUGGGUUGAGUUCAAUUUAGUUGGUCAGCUGCCUUGACAAAAUUAGACAGACAAUUAGACAAUUAAACAGUAUUUCUAAUAUUUACUUAUUUGUGGUGUUUGUGGGCGGGCACUGCAACUGACGCCAUCAUUGAUCUUUGGUUUCCUGCUCGAACUGACAACAAA